UAUAUAUAAAUAUUCCUCCGUCCCCACAUUACCUUUCAUCUUCAUUCAUUUCUCUCCAUCUCUCCUCCUACCUUUUCAAUUUUCAAAUCUUCUCUCUCUAAAUUCCCUUUUCCUUCUCUCUCUAAAUCUUCAUCUCGAGCGAAUAUGCGUGAGAUUCUUCACAUCCAAGGAGGCCAAUGCGGCAACCAAAUUGGGGCAAAGUUCUGGGAAGUGGUCUGUGCCGAACACGGGAUCGAUUCCACCGGACGAUAUCAGGGAGACUCCGAUCUUCAGCUUGAGAGGAUCAAUGUGUACUACAAUGAGGCCAGUUGUGGGAGGUUUGUCCCCAGAGCUGUUCUCAUGGACCUUGAGCCUGGAACUAUGGACAGUGUCAGAUCUGGAACCUAUGGUCAGAUCUUCCGUCCAGAUAACUUCGUUUUUGGCCAAUCUGGUGCCGGAAACAACUGGGCUAAAGGCCAUUACACCGAAGGCGCAGAACUAAUAGAUUCUGUUCUCGAUGUUGUUCGCAAAGAAGCCGAGAACUGCGAUUGCUUGCAGGGUUUUCAGGUGUGUCAUUCACUAGGAGGAGGGACUGGUUCUGGAAUGGGAACCCUUUUGAUUUCGAAGAUCAGAGAGGAGUACCCGGACAGAAUGAUGCUUACUUUCUCCGUCUUUCCCUCACCAAAGGUCUCUGACACGGUCGUGGAGCCUUACAAUGCAACACUCUCUGUCCAUCAAUUGGUUGAAAAUGCAGAUGAGUGCAUGGUUCUUGACAAUGAGGCUCUGUAUGACAUUUGCUUCCGAACCCUCAAGCUCACCACUCCCAGCUUUGGUGAUCUGAACCAUCUGAUUUCGGCCACAAUGUCUGGUGUCACUUGCUGUCUACGAUUCCCUGGUCAGCUGAACUCUGACCUUCGAAAGCUUGCUGUUAACCUCAUCCCCUUCCCUCGGCUCCACUUCUUCAUGGUGGGUUUCGCACCUCUCACUUCCCGUGGUUCCCAGCAGUACAGAUCACUGACAGUGCCGGAACUUACUCAGCAAAUGUGGGAUUCCAAGAACAUGAUGUGUGCAGCAGAUCCGCGCCAUGGCCGGUACUUGACAGCAUCGGCUAUGUUCAGGGGCAAGAUGAGCACCAAGGAGGUUGAUGAGCAGAUGAUCAAUGUUCAGAACAAGAACUCUUCCUACUUUGUGGAAUGGAUCCCCAACAAUGUCAAAUCCACCGUCUGUGAUAUCCCACCCACAGGAUUGAAAAUGGCGUCGACUUUCAUUGGAAAUUCAACGUCUAUUCAAGAAAUGUUCAGGCGUGUGAGUGAGCAGUUCACGGCCAUGUUCAGGAGGAAGGCUUUCUUGCAUUGGUAUACUGGGGAAGGAAUGGAUGAGAUGGAGUUUACUGAAGCCGAAAGCAACAUGAAUGAUUUGGUUUCAGAGUAUCAGCAAUACCAGGAUGCAACAGCAGAUGAGGAGGGAGAUUACGAGGAUGAAGAGGAAGAACUUCAAGACAUGUGAUGAUUGACUUGAGUAAUGGGGAGUGGUUUUGGGUAAUGGAUGUAAGUUGCUGCAACUUCCGGUUGCCAAUCUCCGGGAAGAGAGAAUGGAGUACUCCGGGUAGCUGUAGGCCAUAUUAGUUGUCCUUGCUCAGUUUCUUAAAUACAGUAUUCAUAUUAAUAGAUUUAUCUGCAUUGUACUUUCUGCUGCCUGAAAUUACGGCUUUUGAAAAAUCAAUCAUGCACUACAUUUUAGCCA